CAGCGAGCAGAGCGCAACGCGAGGAGGAGCCCGGAGCAGAAACCAGGGGCCCCAGCGUAUACUGGAUGUGGCCAUGGGGAAGCGGUACUUCUGUGACUACUGUGACCGCUCCUUCCAGGACAACCUCCACAACCGAAAGAAGCACCUGAAUGGACUGCAGCACCUCAAGGCCAAGAAGGUGUGGUACGACAUGUUCCGAGACGCAGCUGCCAUCUUGCUGGAUGAACAGAACAAGCGGCCCUGCAGGAAAUUCCUGCUGACAGGCCAGUGCGACUUUGGCUCCAACUGCAGGUUUUCCCACAUGUCAGAAGAAGAUCUGCAGGAGCUGAGCAUCCAGGUGGAGGAGGAGAGGCGGGCCAGAGAAUGGCCACUGGAGACUGCCGAGCUUCCUGAGGGCCACCUGGAGGACUGGCUGGAGAAGAGAGCUAAGAGGCUAAGCUCAGCCCCAAGUAGCAGGGCCGAACCCAUCAGAACCACUGUCUUCCAGUACCCCGUGGGCUGGCCGCCAAUGCAGGAGCUGCCCCCCUCCCUGCGGGCACCCCCACCUGGCGGAUGGUCCGUACAGUCCAGAGUUCAGUGGGGCUGAGCUCUUCCCCUCCUCCCCCUGCCGGACUUCCCACCCAUCUCAUCCGUCACAGUAAAGACAAUUGCCCAACCUAGGAAGCAGAGCUGCCUUCCCUCCCUUCUCCCUGGGGCCUCUGAGCCUGGCCUCCUGUCUGCCCACCAUCCCUCAGGGCGUUUCUCGAGAAGAUGGGUGAGAAACAUCUGAAUGUUUAUAAAGAAAGUCUGUCCU